UUAAAAGCUACAGCUGUGCCAAUGAAUUGCUUAUGUGGGACCAAAUUUGUUUUCAUGCCAUCCGUUCUCUGUUUCCUUUCUAUUGCGUAUCUUCUUUUAUGCUGUUAAUUAUAUAAUCUUCCAAGGUGAAUACCAAUCAGCUGCUAUAGCUUGGUUCUUACCGAUUCGUCCUUCCUCUUCUCGAUAAAUCUUACAUCACACUUAUUUGCGAAAAUAUACUAUUUGAUAAGAGUGUACGUGCGGUCGAAGUAGUCGAUUCGUUUCGUGUAUAUUUUUAUAUUCACGGAUUGAAUUAUAAAUAUAUUGAAAAGAAAACUUUACAAUGCAGGUAAAAGAUAAGGAUUUGUACUGAACAUUAAAUGGUCAAGUAUUUGUGUAAUUUUUUAAAAGUAACAUUGUUGGGACCCGAAUUGACUAACGUAGUAUAAGCCAUAUGUUAACCAAAAAGGGGUGAGUGAACUAGGGGGGAAAGCAUGAUUUCCGAGUGUGUACAGAGAGAAUGUGCAACAAAGAACGUAUAGAUAACUUGGCUCGUGUACAAUUAUUAUUUCAAUAUACUAAAUACAUUUAUACUUUUUCUUUUACAAUUUUACGCUUGAUUGAUUAAUCUCAUCAGGUUAUGAGCCCAGAGUAGGUGUAAAAGAGGUAGAAAUAAAAGAGAAAACGAAAGAAAUGCCUUAACGGACAAUCGGGAGGGUAAUCACGGAUAACAAAAAGAUAAAAGAUCAGAGUUUCAAAAAGAGUAUUUCAAAAGAGAAAAUGGAUUCAGCACAGUAUUUUCCCCAGUUAUACGCAGAGAAUUUCAAUAACUGGAAAUUUCGAGUUAAAUGCCUGUUGACUGAAAGACAGAGAGAUGAUAUGUUAUGCGUCGAAAUCAUUCGCGUCAUUCGCGCGGGAUAAAUAUAGAAGGAGUUUUAUAUUAAAAGACGCAAAGCCAAGUCAAUAGUGGUGCAGUGUAUUAUGGACAAGCAUCUAUAUCUAGUGAAAGGUGCAUUCACUGCAAAAGAAAAGAUUUUGCAAAAUAUGUUUAAGAGAAAAAGCACGUUUUCAAAGUUGCAUUUAAGGAGAAAGCUAUUUUCAUUGAAGUAUGGACAAAAUGAAAAUUUUUUUCUUAAAAUAUGACACCAUCAUAAAGGAGAUGGAAAAUGUGGAAUCCAAAAUAGAUGAAUCUGAUAAAAUUUGUCAUCUACUGUAGACAAUGCCUGAAGACUAUAACACUAUGAUAACUGCUAUCGAGACAAUGAAUAAUAAAGAAGUCACUUUAAACUUUGUCAAAACUAGGCUGCUUAAUGAGGAGUGAAAAAUGAUGAGCAAGAUGUUGAAUAAGAAAAGCAAUAAUGGCCAGGAACAGGUAAAAAUCCAUAUAACUAGUGAAGAUAAAGGCUACAAAGAAAGGUGACUUUGUUGCAAUGUACAAAGAGUAAUAGGUGAUAUUCGGCAUGGAAGACAUAGAAAUUGUGGGAAAAAACCAUGUUAUUUUGCAAAAAGGGGAAUAACCUACAUAUCUUGAAAUUAAGGCCUAAAAAAGAUGAGGUUUGUGUAAGUUUGGAAGCAAGUCAGAUCUAAAAGGCUGAACUGUGACGCAGAGAGUUGGCCAUUUGGAUAAAAAAGGUAUGAGAAUUCUAGGACUACCAAUAAACAGUGACAAUUGCUCCAUGUGUGUGGAAGGCAAAGGUGCAAGACCCAUUUUUUAUGAAGGAAAGAAACAAUCUCAAAAAAUAGGAGAUUUGAUACACUCCAAUACAUCAGGAUCAGUAACUCCAUGUACUCUAGAUAGACAUAGGUAUUUUCAAGUGGCGACAGAUGACUACACCUACUUUACAAUAAUGUAUCUAUUAAAACAAAAGAAUGAAGCUGAAGAAAAUUUUAAAAAUUAGAUAGCAGAAAUUAAAACCCAAUGAGAAAUAGUAGUAAAAAAUGUAAGACUAGAUAAUGGUAAAGAAUUCACAUCAAGUUCAUUCAAAAACUACUGCAAAUCACGAGUAAUAAGGAUUUAGUAUAUGUGCCCAUACACACCCCAGCAAAAUGGCAAGUCUAUAAUAGAACUAGGAUCAAGUUCAUCAAGAGGAAGUUACCAAAGACCCCAUGGUGAGAAGCAAUUAGAUGUUCAGCUUACAAACUAAAUAGAAGCCUAACAAAUGCCAAUGAGAAUUUGAUAUGUAAUCGUAUAUAUAAUAUAUGAGAUAUUAAAAAAAUAAUUAAGACUUCUUGUAUCUAAUUAUGAUUUUUCGAGGUACGUAAUGUCACGAUUAAUCGGCGAAACAAUCGGAAAAUACUGCGUAAUAAAAGAGAACAUAUCCAUUAUUAUUACCAGUGUUUACAAAAAACAAUUUACAUUACUACUUAAAUCAAACCUUAUCUAACUCUGAUUUAGUUGUAUAUUAUUACGAAUGAAAAAGUAUAUGACGUAUAAAAUCGUAGAGAUGCGAAAACUCCAAAAAUCAUCUAGAAUAUUUAAAUAAUUGUACUCAUUUAACAAGAAAAAUCAAUUUCCUAUACUAACUGAUCUAGCAAAGCUUUUAAAAGAAUAUUGCGCAUACGAGAGAAUGAAGCAGUCCGUUUGGAAUCGUAGAACAUCAUUGCGUGUUUAUAAAGACGUCUACAAGAGGAAUUUCCUUAGCGAUUCAGAUCCAGAGAUUCGUCGCGCCGCUGCUCUUUGCAGUUAACUCCGAUUAUCUUUUUCGCACGCAUAGCUACGCGUGACCUGCAAUUUUGCUAGUUGGGACAAGCAUGGAUCGCUGACAUGCAGGAAACGCGAUAUUACUCCGUAUAAAAAAGAAGAGAAUAAGUAAAGGAAAAUUUGUUUGUAUGUUGAAUCAUGUUUCACAAAAUAAUGCCAUUAUUUAUGAACUUUAUUCUUUAACGUUUCCUUGAGAAUAUUAUCGAAUACGAGGAAACAAAGGAGGAAACAGGAAAAUGGAGGAAAACAAUAAUUCUAAGAAAAUGUUAUCGUUUAUCAUAAUUAUGGAGAAUAAUCGAAUAAUAUUAAUGUAUGGUCGAAUAGAAGAAAACAAAAAUAAAUAAAGAAGAGAUAAGAUAAUAUAUGUACAUAUAAUAACUAUAAGAGAAUGUUCAUUGGAGAAUGAUUUAAUAUGUUUGGUACCAUUCCUAUGCAAAUGGUCAGCAAUUUUCUUCCUAGAGGUCAUCGCACAAGGAAGUGAACGGAAACUCGGUCCUCCAGUGGAACUUGAUAGAAAUUGCGUUUAAAAAGGGGACAGAGAAAGCGGAAGACAGAAUUAUUGCGUGAUCUUACCGCAUAUUCUAUCAAUUUAAGUAAAAUAGUGCGGAUAUUCGUGGAAAAUCAUACUUUUAUAUGUAUAAUAAGAAAUGGGAUCUAUUAUAACCAAAAAUCAUUGAAGACAUUAAUUACACAGUAUAAGAACAAAGGAAGACAGAAUUUAAGAAUUUGGAGGCGGAAGAAAUACUGCUGUUACGAACGAAAAGGGAACUGUGGAAUAUGCAAUGACUUCUGUAGAAUGUUUUAGUGCAAGAUAUGGCAGUCAAACUUUUACGUCGCAUAAAUUGAGGAAUUAGCUUUUUAUAGCUUUAAAGAGCGUAAGCCGGUAUGGAGAAUCAGCAGGUGUGGGUGCGAGACCCUCAAGAGGGUUUCAUAAUCGGCAAGUUCAUGGACAUGGUCGACGGGGAUGCGUUGAUCAUACCAUUGGAUCCGAAAUAUCCGCAACGCACUUGUCCGCUGGACGAAGUUUAUCCUGCUGGAGAAUACACCAAAGACGUUGAAGAUAAUUGCGCUCUGAUGUACCUGAAUGAGGCCACGCUGCUCAACAACGUACGAACUCGUUACUUCAAGGAUAGAAUAUACACUUACGUGGCCAAUAUCUUAAUCGCUGUGAAUCCAUAUUGGGAGGUCAAGGAUCUUUAUUCUGCUGAAACGAUCAAGGCUUAUAAGGGAAAGUCUUUGGGAGAGACGCCACCUCAUGUUUUCGCUAUUGCGGACAAAGCGUUUAGAGAUAUGAAAGUACUGAAGCAAUCGCAAAGUAUCAUCGUUUCUGGCGAAUCAGGAGCAGGGAAAACCGAAUCUACCAAGUAUCUGCUACGAUAUCUCUGUGACUUAUGGGGAUCAACGGCUGGGCCGAUCGAACAGAAGAUUUUAGAUGCUAAUCCAGUGCUGGAAGCUUUUGGAAACGCAAAGACCAAACGAAACAAUAAUAGUUCUCGUUUUGGUAAAUUCAUGGAGGUUCAUUUCGAUUCGAAAUGUCAAGUGGUCGGCGGUUACAUUUCCCAUUAUCUGUUGGAAAAGUCGAGAGUGUGUCUUCAAAGUCCUGACGAGAGAAACUACCAUGUCUUUUACAUGAUGUGUGCCGGAGCACCUCCAGAACUUCGCUCGAAACUUGGGAUCACGAGGCCAGACGAUUUUCAGUAUCUAAAGAAUGGUUGUACGCAGUACUUUUGCAACGAGGAGUCGGAAAAAAAAUUGAACGACGCUCAAAAGAGUCGCGAUCAGAGCAUGAAAGGUACCUUGCACGAUCCAAUUUUGGAUGACGUUGAAGGAUUCAAUGCCAUCGAUCAAGCUUUAACACGUCUUGGUUUAACUGAAGCGGAAAGAAUGGAAAUUUAUACAAUGGUAGCUGCGGUACUCCACCUUGGGAACAUCACAUUCGAGGACAAUCCCGAAGAUACGAAGGGCGGCUCUAGGAUAUCCGCUAACUCUGAGAAAGCAGUAUUAAUGAGUGCGAAGUUAUUGGCUGUUGAUCCCGAGGAACUCAGACAAGCUUUGGUUUCGAAAGUAAUGCAGACUAGUCGCGGCGGUAUCAAGGGAACGGUCAUCAUGGUACCACUGAAAGUCUACGAAGCCAAUAAUGCCAGGGACGCUCUGGCUAAAGCUAUUUACAGUAAAUUAUUCGAUCAUAUCGUAGCUCGUAUCAAUAAGAGUAUUCCUUUUAAAGCUUCGAGCUAUUAUAUUGGAGUUUUAGACAUUGCAGGGUUUGAGUACUUUAAGGUCAACAGUUUCGAGCAAUUUUGUAUAAAUUAUUGUAAUGAAAAGCUACAACAAUUUUUUAAUGAAAGGAUCUUGAAAUACGAGCAAGAUCUUUAUGCAAGAGAAUCGCUUAAUGUGCCGAAGAUAUCUUACGUGGAUAAUCAGGACUGCAUUGAUUUAAUCGAAUCGAAGAACAUGGGGAUUUUCAGUCUCUUAGAUGAAGAAUCAAAAUUACCAACUCACAGUUUUGCACAUUUUACUAGCGAAGUUCAUCGUGUUUGGAAUGGUCAUUUUAGAAUAACCCUACCGCGAACUUCUCGUUUGAAAGCCCACCGAGAAUUGCGUGACGAUGAAGGAUUCGUAAUUCGUCAUUAUGCUGGUGGUGUUUGUUAUCAAACGAAUCAAUUCAUUGAGAAAAAUAACGAUGCUCUACAUGCUUCCUUGGAAGCAUUAAUUCAAGAAAGUAAUAACAAAUUUCUAAGAACACAGUUUACCAAUAAUUCUCGUCAGAAAGGGAAACUUACUUUCAUCAGUGUAGGCAGUAAAUUUAAAACACAACUUGGGGAACUAAUGGAUAAAUUAAAAAGCACAGGAACAAAUUUUAUUCGCUGCAUCAAACCGAAUAGCGAGAUGGUGGCUCAUCAAUUCGAUGGAAACAGUAUUUUGGGACAGCUUCGUUGUUCUGGAAUGACGUCUGUUUUAGAACUCAUGGAACAUGGCUAUCCUAGUAGAGUUCCAUUCCAGGAAUUGUAUAACAUGUACAAAUCGUAUCUUCCGCCAGAAUUGGCCAAACUGGAGCCCAGAUUUUUUUGCGAAGCGUUGCUUCAUAGCUUAAAAUUGAACAAGAAAGAUUUUAAGUUUGGAAUUACCAGAGUUUUUUUCAAACCUGGAAAAUUUGCUGAAUUCGAUAAGAUCAUGAAAUCAGAUCCUGAGAACCUAAGGAAGUUAGUAGCUAACGUAAAGAAGUGGUUACUUAAGUCUCGGUGGAACAAGAUGCAAUUUUGUGCGUUAUCUGUGAUCAAAUUGAAAAAUAAGAUCAUCUAUCGAAGACAACAUUUAAUUAUUUUACAAAAAACAGCGAGGAUGUACAUAGCUAAGAAGCAACAUCGUCCUCGCAUAAAGGGAACAGCGAAGAUUGAGAAGUUGAAGACACAGUUAAGUGGCAUGGAAGAAACGUCCGAGCAAUUGAAAAAUCGUGAAAAACCUAUGGGCGACAUUAAAAGACUGCAGAGGGAUUUGAAUGCGGCUAUUGAGAAAAUAAAGAUGAAUGAAAAAAUAAAGCCAGUGGAAAUCGAUUCUUUGUAUACGAAUUUGGUGAACCAAGUGAACAAACAAAUGGCGUUGUUGCAAGAUAUGGUCGAGCAACAGAAGAUUGCCGAGGAACAAGCAAGGCUGAGAAAGAUUCAACAGGAGUUAGAACUCGAAAAGCAGAGAAAAGAAGAGGAUGAACGUAAAAAGAGAGAGGAGGAAGAAAAUAGAAGAAAGAAACACGAUAUCGAGAUGAGAAGGAAGGCAGAAGAGGAGCAAAAGAAAAAGCAAGAAAAAGAAGAUAAGAAAUCUGAUGAGCUUCGUAAAGCACAGUUGGAAAAAGAAGCAAUGGAAAACAGCAAAUAUCGCGAGUUAUUGGAGCAAGAAAGAAGGGAUCAUGAAUUGGCAGUCAGAUUAGCUCAAGAAUCGAAUGGUCAAGUCGAAGAUUCUCCACCAUUUGUGCGAAGCGGUUCCGAUGUACGAGUACCAUCAAACAACAACAGAUUAGCAAGAUCGGAGCAAGUGCGCAAUAAUCAGGCAGCUAUGGCCAAUAAAAAAUACGAUUUAUCUAAGUGGAAGUAUUCGGAAUUACGAGACGCUAUAAACACAUCCUGCGAUAUCGAAUUGUUAGAGGCUUGUCGUCAUGAAUUCCAUCGAAGAUUAAAAGUUUACCACGCGUGGAAAGCGAGAAAUCGCAGGCGAACAACCAUGGAUGAAAAUGAAAGGGCACCAAAAUCUAUUAUGGAAGCCGCGGCCAAAACCUCAGUGCCUCAAAUGAAACAGCCCAUAAUCGGAUCAUCGCAACGAUAUUUCAGAAUUCCCUUCGUACGACCAGCUGCAUCCGGUCAGCAAGAUAACUCGCAUACAUCUUGUAAACGAGGAUGGUGGUACGCUCAUUUCGAUGGUCAAUACGUUGCCAGACAGAUGGAACUUCAUCCUGAUAAGGCACCGAUUCUGUUGGUGGCAGGUAUUGAUGACAUGCAAAUGUGCGAACUGAGCCUAGAUGAGACUGGAUUGACGAGGAAACGCGGAGCCGAGGUAUUGGAACACGAGUUCAAUCGUGAAUGGGAGAAACACGGAGGCAAACCAUACGUACCUCCGUGUGAUCGUAAAAAAUGAGACCAUUCCAUCAAACAGACGAAAGUAGUUUUAAUAUAGAUCUUAUAAAUUUUUGUAUUAACCCACUUUGAAAGUGAACCCAUAGCACAGUGCCUUAGGAUUUGUGCCUUACUCGUUACACAAAAAAGGCAAUUCUUUGAAAAGCACGAUAAUAUUGAUUAAUAUUAUUAUCAGUUAUAAAAUUUUUCAUGAGAAGUGUAGGGAGAUAAUUGCAUCUACAGUGGAUUUAAGGAUGAGUGGACGUAUAAUGCAUAUACGCCUGAUGCCUGGUGAGAUGUGAUAUAUACACAAUAUUUCAAUUAGCUAUUUGAAUGCUCAUGUGGGAACAGGAUUCUUAAUACGAUAGAUUUAAUUGUUCAGUAUUCGAAGUCAGUAUAAAAAUGUGUUAAAAAUUUUUGUAAUUAAAAGGAAAUUAUUCGUAGAAAAAAAUAGAUCUCAUUCAAGUUGAACUUAUACCUUUCUUUGAAAGCAGGAAAAAGUAUGUAUGUAUGUCGAUUUGCCUAAUGAAAUCAAUUUAUGGUAUUAAGGUUUAUUGAAAAUCGAUGAACUUUUAGUAUAUAAAAUUCCUUCAUAUUUUGUAAUGGAAAAGGCUCAUGGUUCCUUCGAGUAAUAUACAGCAUCGUUGAAAAGACUAUCAUCUAUUAUGUAUAAGUAAUUUUACUUAUUUACAAGAUAUAUCGUUGCACAUUUAACGCGAAUUGUACGUUCGUCUUUUUAGUAGAUAUAAAAAAAUUCAUGAAAUAUAUAAUAUGCGAUCAAUUAUUCUUACAAAUAAAUAACAUUUAUGCCA